AAAUAAGGCUGAAAUGCGAUAACUUUCCUUGACAAAGCAUGUCUGCGAAUCAUAAGUGAGUUAAUCAUAGUGUGAACCUUUGAUUGGAGUGAAGAGGGGAGCAUACUAUUAAAUACAGUAUAAUGAAAAUAAAGGCAUUAAGCAGAAAGACUAGGUGAAAAAUAAUCCCCAUUUAUAGUCAAUACUCCUUCUUUGAAAGUAUUUACAGAAUCACAAAGGAAACUACUGAGAAUGCCACAAUGAUUUGAUAUCCCAUCAGAAAGUCCAAAGAAACUAGUAAAUAAAAUAAUAGAAAUUGACGACCGCUUAUCUGAGAUAAAGGAAAUAGUGGAUAAGCAAGAAGAACCCAAAAUGGUUGAACUUUCUUUAGUCCAAGAGAUCCAAGAGUACUUCAUAAAUAUUCCAGAGAUGAUUUCCAAACUCGCACAGUUUGAUGGCCUGUUGCCAAAACCUGAAGAGCCCGACUUCUACCAACCCCCCUCACCAAUGGAUAUUUUCAGUCCUUCUUUUGCUGACCCUAUACUAUCAAUGAUCCACCUCCCUUCAGAAAACACCCACGCAAUAGAAGCCUUCAGGGCCCAAUUCAAAAAAGAGAUCGAUGAACUAUAAUGUUUGGGGAGAGUAAUGUAAUGGAGUAUAGUGAUGAAGAAGAUGUGAUGGGGGUGCCGAAGGAGAUUGAGUUUAGGAUUGGUAAUAGUUUUA